CAGAAUUAUUCCUCAGCAAUAAAAAAAGGCUGAAAAGAGGAAAAGAAAAUCAAAGAAAUAACCUCAAAAUCAUGAUUCAGAAAUAGAAAAAAUAUACUUCCUCUCAUUUUUAUUAUUUACUACACUUAAUGACAUUUGUUUAAGAUGUCAAUAUGUAUAGCAAUUAAUACACUAUAAAUACCUUCUUGAGCCUUCAAUUUUUGUUAUGUAUUUCUCUCUGUAUCCUCACCCUUUACUCUCUCCGCACUAAGUUUCUGCUCACAACUUUCCCUUCUCUUUUAUAGUCAAAACAUCAGACGCUUCCCAAAUAGCAAACCUUACGGUUCGUAAAGAAAUCGUUGAGGUAUAUUACUGGAUGGAGAUGGGAAUGUGGAGUAUUUUGAGUUUUCAUUUCGAACGGAAAUUUUCGUAAAGGGCCGAUAAAGCGGCAGCCGAUAAGGCCCGAUUAGAAAUUUUAAGUGGUUUUGGAAACGUUGAAUUGAAUUAAAUUAAGAAUUAUGAUAGGCAGUUUUGGAAGUAAUUUUUUGUUUAGAGGGUUAAAUUGUGGGAUUAAUGAAAUUGAAAUCGCAGAACAAGAGGCAUCAAGUCGAGCUGGAUAUGAUCUUACGGCUGAGAUUUUACCUGCUCUUGGUGCAAGGAGUUAUCGCCUCGUUCCCCUCAGACGAUUUGUUAUUUCUCCGUUUGAUCGUCGUUAUCGAAUAUGGGAAGUAUUUUUGGUUGUUUUGGUCCUGUACACAGCUUGGAUAUCUCCAUUUGAGUUUGGUUUUCUUGAUAAGCCAAGAAUGCCAGUAUCAGUUAUUGAUAACAUUGUCAAUGCAUUCUUUUUUCUUGACAUCAUCCUUAGUUUGUUUGUGGCGUAUCUGGAUAAAAAGACAUACAUACUUGUUGAUGAUCCAAAAAAAAUCGCCCGGAAAUAUGCUUUGAGUUUCAGAAUGGUUUUUGAUAUCAUCUCCAUAAUCCCUUCUGAAGCUAUUCAGAAGAUUUUCCCCGCUUCUAGACGAGCUUAUGGUGUGUUCAAUAUGUUCCGCCUUUGGCGUCUCAGAAGAGUUAGUCGACUCUUCUCCAGAAUGGAGAAAGAUAGGAAUUUCAACUACUAUGGGGUUCGAUGUAUUAAGCUUGUAUUUGUGACUCUUUUUGCAGUUCAUUGUGCUGGGUGUUUUUAUUAUCAUAUUGCUGCACAUUAUCAUAAUAAAAAGGAUACAUGGAUUGGAUCAACUGUGGAUGAUUUCCUUCAAUACAGCAUAUGGACUCGAUAUGUAAUGUCUGUUUACUGGGCUAUUACAACUAUGUCGACUGUUGGCUAUGGAGAUUUGCAUCCCGUCAAUGAAUACGAGAUGCUUUUCGAUAUUUUUUACAUGCUAUUCAACCUUGGCCUCACUUCAUAUUUGAUUGGUAACAUGACUAACUUAGUCGUCCAUGGAAGUAGUCGCACCAGAAAAUAUAGGGAUAGCAUUCAAGCAGCUUCAAGUUUUGCACAACGGCACCAACUUCCUGUUCGUUUACAAGAACAAAUGCUCGCACAUAUCUGUUUAAAAUAUCGAACAGAUUCAGAGGGGCUACAACAACAAGAGAUUCUGGAUUCUUUGCCAAAAGCCAUCAGAUCCGGCAUUUCUAAUCAUCUUUUUUACACUCUUGUACAUCAGGUCUAUUUAUUCCAAGAUGUAUCCGACGACCUACUCUUUCAACUGGUGUCAGAAAUGAAAGCUGAGUUCUAUUCUCCAAAUGAGGAUGUCAUUCUUCAGAAUGAAGCACCUACAGAUUUCUAUCUAAUUGUCAAUGGUUCUGUGGAUCUUAUUCAGUCCCAUAAUCAAUUAGAAAAGGUUGUUGGAGUGGCUGAAAAAGGCCAUCUUUGCGGUGAAGUGGCUGUGCUUUGUUAUAGGCCUCAACUAUUUACUGUGCGAACAAAAAGGAUUUGCCAGUUGCUGCGGAUUAAUCGUACAAGUUUCUUAAAUAUCGUACAAUCAAAUGUCGGAGAUGGGAAGAUAAUCAUGAAUAAUCUUUUUAAGUAUCUGAAAGAAGAGAAAAACGACAUAACAAAGGAGAGUUUAGCAGAAGUAGAGAAAAUGAUAAGUAAUGGUAGACUUGAUUUACCGCUUAGUUUAUGUUUUGCUGCUGUAAAUGGGGAUGAUAUCUUGAUGCACCGCUUGCUGAAACGUGGAGUUGAUCCUAAUGAAUCGGAACACAAUGGAAGGACGGCUCUCCACAUUGCAGCAUCAAAUGGGAGUGAAAAAUGUGUGCAUUACCUACUUGAUUAUGGGGCUGAUCCAAACUGUCGAGAUCAAGAAGGCAACAUACCGUUGUGGGAAGCGAUGCAGGGUGGUCAUGACGCGGUUGUUAAACUGUUGCUAGAGCAUGGUGCCAACAUUCAUGCUGGUGAUGUUGGCCUGUAUGCUUGUAUAGCAGUUCGGAAAAAUGACUUUGACCUCCUCAAAAAGAUAGUCCAUUAUGGUGUUGAUGUAAAUCUCUCUACUUCUAUCUCAACUGUCCUUUCUAAUGCGGAGUUUUCUAUCCCUAUCCACAAUGGUGGCACAGCCUUGCACGUUGCAGUUAGUGAGGGAAAUGUAAAGUUUGUCGAAUAUCUUCUCGAUCAAGGGGCCAACGUUGACAUGCCUGAUAUGAAAGGAUGGACUCCACGUGCCCUUGCAGAGCAGCAGGGUCAUGAAGAUAUUAUUGCACUCCUUCAAGCUAAGGGAGGGCCUAAGCCUCAGACAGUGUUGCAAGUUCCUGAAGAGCUAAAAUAUAGAGUAACGAGGUUCACUAGUGAACCAAAUUUGUAUCAUAGAACACAAGAUGAUGUUAACAUGUCUGAAGAUGGGUCAGUAGGAUCAAGAAUCAAACCCAGAAGGAAGGCUAAUCAUUUCAGAAAUUCAAUUUUUGGAGUCAUUUCCGCUGCUCAAAGGGGUCAGAUCGAGUCAUUCCCCUCUAUUGAUGCGAAAGAUUUUGAGAAAAAUGAUGAUUUACAUCAACAACAUACUGCUAGAGUCACGAUUUGUUGUGUACAAGAGGAUGGAAGAUUCAAAAAAGUGGUAAUUGUAUUACCAAAAAAAUUGGAAGAGCUACUUGAUAUAGCCGCAAAAAAGUUUAGGUUUUACCCAUCUAAAAUUGAAAAUGAUAAUGGUGCUGAAAUUGACUGUAUAGAAGUAAUUAGAGACGGUGAUCAAAUUGUUUUUAGCAAGUAAUAUCAAGAGAAUUAGAUUAAAGUAGAAAUGAUUUGACCCAGACUAGAUUUUAAGCUAGUAGGAUGCAAUUCAAUUAUGAUCCAUCAAAAUGGGUAAUGACUUAUUUUCUCUAAUUAGGUCUAGAUUUAGAUUUGCUUGCCAAUAUUUGUUAUAACAGUUAUAACAUCUAAUAGUUUUGUAAAGUUGUUUGUUGGUAUGUUUCAAUCUUCGUCGUCUUGAUGCUUAAGACAACUACUGCUAAAAAUGGCCUGAAAUCAUGAUUCUGAAA